GUGAUGCCUGCAGCUGAGGGCACUGGAGCUCCCCGGGGCUAUGGGAGGCGACAUAGCAGGAGGGAGGGCAGCAUGUGACAUAGGGAAGGUCCUACCACCCUCUCCACAAACACGCACUCCUCUCAGGAGAUUCCAGCCCAGACAUUCCAGCAUUAACCAGGGAGCAGAAGCUGUUUUUGUCAGAGUACAUUAUCAACCAGUACCGUGUUAACUUCUCAAAGCAUCAGGCUCAAGUUGUCAUGGGGAAGAAGCUGGACUUGACAAAAUUGAGCGAUGAUGAAGCCAAACAUGUGUGGGAGGUGGUCCAGAGAGACAUCAGCUUACGGAGGAAGGAAGAAGAGAGACUUGAAGACUUGAAAUUCAAGGUUGAAAAGGAGAGCGCUAAAAGAGAGAUAUUAUCCGGUCAAAGCCGUCUGAACAACACUCACUGCUUGCAUUGCCUGAAUCCAUUCCAGUUCCUUCUCAACAGCAAACGUCAGUGCCAAGAUUGCAAAUUCUAUGUUUGUAAAAACUGUAGCCGUUACAACAAGAAGGAACAAGGAUGGGUGUGUGACACCUGUAGGGCGACAAGGAUGGUGAAGAUUGGUUCUCUAGAGUGGUAUUAUGACCACGUCCGUUCUCGCUUCAAACGUUUUGGCAGUGCAAAGGUGAUGCGUCAUUUGUAUACAAGGCUGCAGCCUGAUGCAAGAGGAGGAGCCAACCUAACAGGCCUUUCGGAUAGAGUGUACAGCUUGCCUGACAUCAGCAGGGAAUACCUUCGCCAGGCCAGGUCUGGGAUGUUUCAUGAUGAUGACGAGGAUAUUGUUGACAGUGCAGAAGCACAACGUUAUAGCAUGAUGCGCAAGACCAAGCGCCUGCUUUCUGUUCAUCCUUUUGAUUUUGAGAUCGAUUCUGAGUACUCUGCUCAAUCCCGCAGACAGUCCAUGCAACUCUCUCCGACUCUAGAACAAGAUGUUUUCCAGUCAUUUUCUGAAUACACCAGUACUGGAAAAGAUGCUCCUCAGAAGGACUCCCUCAUUGCUGAAGCUGAGUUAGCAUCCAUGUUUCAUCAUUUGCUUCAAGAGCAGGAUCAGAAUAUGGCUCCUCCAGAGCAAGAGUUCAGUACUGAAGUCCGACUAACAGUCAACCGUCGCCGGAGCCUUGAAAAUACCCGAAGGCCAAACCUUCCCUCCCUAACAGAAUCCUUACCAAGUUGUCCAUACCCUGAUCCCAAACUAACUCGUACCCGCUAUCUCCCUAAAGGCAGUCCCUCAUUCCUACCCAAGGGGUCGCAGUAUUCUGGGGAUAUGGAUAGUUCGGAUGAAGAAAGGGGAGCUAUCCACAAAGUUCCCCCCAGACGCAGAAGCCGGGCUUCUUCCCAGGAGAAUGUGCAUCAUUCCGGCCCUCAGAUCUCAGAACUUAAUAAACGUAUGUCUGCCAUUGAACGGAUGUUAAACCGUCUAGAGGAGAGAAUAUCAGUGGCUUCAGAUGAGUCCACAGGUCCUGGAUUUCAUACAGAUGCUGAUAUAGAGGAGGAGACCCUCAAAAGGAAGCUUGGAGAACUUGCCAGCAACAUCAGUGACAAAGGAGGGUCUUCAGAUGAUGAGAAGAUUCUAAAAUCCAAACAAAUGUCUAGGUCCUACAAUGUUCGAAAUGCAGAUCCGUCUCAGAAGAGAAUUGCGGCUCAAGCUCUUUGUGACAUCACAGCUAAAACGUUGCGGACCAUAAAUGCCACAGAGAGAGCCAUGCAAGAAGCGUUGGGGGGCGAAAGCCAGCAUGCCGCUAUCACUAGCACCAAGAUGAGAGGCAGCAAAAAGGCACAGACUGAAUUCCAAAACCUUGAGGAAAAUGUGUACAUGGCAGCAGAAAAGGCUUACGGACUAGAGAAGAAUCUUAAAGACCUGGAGGAACGAGCAUGUCAGAGUGGCACCACUGACUCAGAGCUUUCAGAGAUAGAGGUCAGCGUGGCAUCCGCAAUGGCACAGGUGCAGCAGGCGGAAAGUGAGGUGUCCGAUAUUGAAUCUAGGAUAGCUGCCCUUAGUGCAGCAGGGCUUACUGUUUCGCCUUCAGAAAAAGCAAAACGGAAGUCAAGUCCCCAGACUUCUGUAACAGCCAUUUCUCGGAGUACAGAACCAUUCAUACCAUCGUCUCCUGAACUCUACAAUCUGAACUCAACACCCAGUGAAGCUAAGAUCCUGUCCAUGCAGGAUGCUCUAAGAAAAAAGUUUAACAUUGACUCUCAGAUGUCAGAUGGGGUGUUUGAAAGAAAUGCUCUUUACCGUGGAUCACUGACACAACGCAAUCCAAAUGGAAAAAAUAAAAAGGUUGAUCGCAUGUUUGCGAAACCCCCCAUUCUUACCCAGCGAUGAAGUAGAUAAUUAAAGAAUUCUCUGUGCUUUCUUCAGGCCACAGAAUAUUUCAGCUUCCAAAGCCGUCUAUAACUGAAACUAGACGCACUGUUGCAUCUAUAUCUAGAGCCUGAGGGAAAUAAUUCAAACUUCUUCUCAAUUGGGAACAGUAAAAUAAUAAUGGACAUAGGACUAGUAAAAAGGGUCUGGGAUAAAAAAAAAAAAUAGAUAUUUAGAAGGGGGUGGGUGGGAUGGUGUGUGAGUUGUAGUCUAAAAUAUCUGGAGAGCCGAACAUUGCCACCCCUGUUCUAGAUCUACAUAUAAUUCAUGAGCCCUCGUUAUAGUUUAUCUAGAUGUAAGAUCUUAGGCCAACAGUUCAGGUUAAUUAUUUAAGAAUAGAAAAUAAAAGUCUGACUUUAUUCUAAACGUUAACACUUUUUUUGGAAUACAUUGUACGUUUUUCAUAUGAUAAAUUCAUUAAAUUCAUAUUGCUUUUUGCUAAUCCCUCUUGAAAUCUCUAUCUUAAACACUUGCCGAACAGCUAGAAGAACCAAAGAAUAUUAUAACUAGUAUACAUGUUAUUCCCUGGUUUUAGACACAUCCUGUAUAUCUAUAUGAAUAAAGAUAGAUGCCUGUAUAAUUGUGACUUUGUAAAAGUACUCUGGAAAAGUACCAGAUAGCAAACACCGCAAAAUAAAGUAUAUUCUCUGCCUGA